AUGGAAUACCUAGACGACAUUGAGAAGGAACAUUGGGCUCGUUGUUUCCAAACUGAAUUGAGGUACACUCAGAUGACCACUAAUGUUGCUGAGUCUGUAAAUGCCUUCUUUAGGCACACGCCUAAGUUGCCAGUGACUGCUUUACUUGACCACAUUAGAGAAAAGAUGUUCGCUGAAUACUCAGAUAGUACCAUGAGACACAUUGUAGUCAACAUCGACCAGUUUCAUUUCGAGGUACGUGAUGGCAACCUUGACGGGAUUGUUGAUUUAAACUCUAGAACAUGUAGUUGUCGGGAGUUCGAUUACUUUAGAAUUCCACGUUUACAUGUUAUUGCCGGGGCGAUGGUACGCAACAUAAAUCUAUACACUCUGUGUGACGAGGCGUACACGACGAACUUUUUGAUUUUGGCUUAUACAGAAUCAAUCUUUCCAGUCAGACACGUCUAG